AUGUUGGGUUAUAGACAGAAGGCUGUUAAAACCAUCCCAGAUGAUGUUUAUGAUACUGACGUUGAUAGGAUCAGUAAUCUUCCAGAGCAUCUUCUCUGCCACAUUUUAUCGUUCAUCCCUACCAAAGAAGCUGCAGUUACCUCUGUUCUAUCCAGGAGAUGGAGAUACCUUUUCACUUUGAUCCCAGAUAUUGAUCUCCGAUUCAAUAUUUAUGACUCCUCUGGUGAAAACAUCGAGUACAAGAAAAAUGCUUACUUUCGUCGUUUCUUUAGUUUCAUAAGUUUUGGCUACAGAGUGAUUCUGUGCAGGAAUGUGCGUUCCAUUAGAAAAUUUAGGCUCUCUAUUCAGAGAGUUCACGAUUACUGUUUGCCGGGAAUUCAGGCAUUGCUAUCUACUGCAUUAUUGAGUAAAGUCCAAGAACUUGAAAUUCAUUUAGAAUAUAAGUACGAUCCUACCAACAGCUUAUCCCCUGCGGGAGCAGGAGUGUUCAUGUGCAGAACACUAACUUCUGUUAAACUAGGCUGGCCAGAUGUGGAUUUGAUUGUCCCUGAUUCUGUUUGUUUACCAAAUCUUAAGUUACUGCACUUUGAUAGAUUGAGAUUGGUGGAUAAGGAUACCAUAAAGAGGCUUAUGCAGGGUUGCCCUUUACUUGAAGAACUGAAGUUAGGCUUCACUCGCUUUACAUAUGGCUUCAGACAUAUCAUAGUUGAAGUUGUUGAUAUUUCCGGUUCAUUGAGAAAACUGAUACUUGAUUGCUCAAGAGCUGAAUAUACUGUUGUUGUCAAAUCAAAUAGUCUCGAAAAUUUGAAAUAUGAAGGUGGAUGUUUCAGAAAUUCUAUCAUCUGUAUAAAUGCUCCCAAUCUUAAAUCUUUGGCCUUUCAUGCUGAUCCGUAUGGGGUAAACUUUAUUCAGAGCCCAAAAUCUCUUGUUAGUGCCAAAAUAAAAAUUCCUUGGAUUGAUGAUGAAGCAACAUGUCAGCAUGUGUUUAAGCUUUUUAAUACGGUGCAAAGUGUGAAGUCACUGGAACUAACCAAAUAUUCCCUAGAGGCUUUGGCUGAUUUUGGAUUGUCGUUGCCAACUUUCAACAAUUUAAUCAGAUUGAAAAUUGAUGCUAUGCCCAGCUGCUACGCUCUAUCAAAGUUAAAUGAGAGCGUCCCUAGGAUUGAAGAACUUGUUCUUCAUCAGGUGGCCCAAGAUGAUGAUUUUUUUGAUUUUGAGUGUCCGUCGUCUGAGGUCCUCCAAAUGUGCUUCAUAAAACAUCUCAAGGUGAUACAAAUCAACAGAUUCUCUGAAGAUGAAUACGAAUUUGAGCUAGUUGAGUGUCUUUUGCAAAGUGGAGAAGCUUUAAAGAAGAUGAUUAUUGGUGGAUUUGUAAAGCCUUCAGGUCAUGCAAGAAUAUGGUCGUUCAAGAGAUGCUCGCAGGAGUGCCAGAUUGUGUUGUAA